AUGUGGGCACCAGAAGAAGAUUAUAAACAACCAUUAUUAACAAAUUCAAGAGUUGCUAAUAAUGGUAAUAAUAAUAAUAGCAAUGGUAGAGGAGGAUCAUCUUCACCAUCAACUAGAUUACAACCAGAACAUAGUUCAAGAAAAUGUAAUGAUAUUUUAUUCACAAUUCUCUUUUUAUUAGUUAUUGGUGGUAUGGCAGCAAUUUCGGGUAUUGCCUACACAAAAGGUGACCCAAGUAGAUUGGUACCAAAUGCACCAAAUAUUCCAUCAAUUCCAGGUUUUAAUACAAAUACUACCUCAUCUGAAAAUCCAAUUGAACAAUACUUUGUUUCACAUCUUGAAAGUUUAGUAGCAGAAUUAAAGAGAGAUAAAGAUAUUCUCAUUUACUCUGUUUUAUUAGCAAUUGCAUUGGGUGCAGCUUGGAUUCAAUUAUUAAAAUCUUUCACUAGAUUCUUCAUUUAUUUCACUUUAUGUGUUGGUGUUGCUUUAGUUGCAACUUUAGGUGGUUUAUUUAUGGCUUUAGGUCAUAAAGAAGGUAGUGAAAGUACAAUGAUUGUUGGUGGUUGUAUUAUAAUUUGUACAUUAGUAUUAGUAGUUGUAAUUGUUUAUCUUAGAAAGAGUAUUGAUUUAACAUGUGCAAUGUUUACAGAGACAUGUAGAGGUGUUCAACGUAGUCCAUCUGUAUUUGUUAUUGCAUCAUUAGUUGUAUUAUUUUUCAUUGGUUUCAUUGCAUAUUGGACAAGUUCAUUCAUUUAUUUAUUCAGUAUUCCAGGCUCAACAGUCAAUCCAUUGAAUGAUCAUACCUCAUCAGAAGCAAAUUCAACCGAUAGUGAACAAGAACAAUCAGCAUUCAACACCAAAAUUAGAAAUCUUAUGUACUUUAUGAUCUUUGGUUUCUUUUGGGCAUCAUCUUUUAUUAGUGCUGUAUUCCAACAUUGUGUUGCUGGUGUCGUCUCAAAUUGGUAUUUCUCACGUGACCCAACUGGUAAAUCAUUGGUUGGUCAAGAGAAUGCCUAUCGUUCAUUGGGUAGAGCUUUGAGUACAAGUUUUGGUUCAUUAGCAUUUGGUUCAUUACUCAUUGCUUUUAUCGAAUUUAUGGCAUUCAUGUUACGUGUCUGUAAGAACAGUAACGCUACCAACAAAUUGGUUGUAAUGGUAGUAUCUUGUCUUCAAUGUAUUUUGGGUUGUAUUGAAUCAAUCGUUCGUUGGAUCAACAAAUUUGGUUACAUCUACGUAGCAAUGCAUGGUCAUUCAUUCUGUACCUCAACAAAGGAAUGUUUCGAUCUCAUCUCUAGAAAUAUGUUCAAUGCUGUCAUUAUGGAUUUCAUUGGUGGUUUGGUUUUAUUAUUAGGUAAGAUUUUGGGUUCAGCUGCUUCUGCUCUCUUCACCACUGCACUCUUGUAUGGUAUGGGUAAAUCUCUCAAUCCAAUCACUAUUGCUCUCUCUGCAAUUUUCGCUUUUUGUAUCUUCAAUCUUUUCACUCAUAUCGUUGGUAUUGGUACAGACACAAUCUUUGUUUGUUAUCUCGAAGAUUUAGAAACCAAUAAAGAUGGUAAUCUCUACAUUUCCCCAGAUCUUCACGAACUCUUACAAGAUAAAUGUAACGAAUGUAAAGAAAAAGAACAAAAAAAUCAAAGUAAAGUUUAA